AUGAACAGUAACAGAGGGAGGUACCCUCCGGGGAUCGGAGCUGGGAGAGGUGGUGGCAUGAAUGCAAACCCUGCAUUUCAGUCUCGACCACCGCAUCAGCAACAGUAUGUACAGAGGAACCUUUUGCCGAACCAUCAUCAUCAGCAGUACUUUCAGCAACAGCAGCAUCAACAGCAGCAGCAGCAGCAGCAACAACAACAGUGGCUCAGGAGAGGUCAGUUGGGUGGGAGUACCAGUGCUGAUUCGGCCGUUGAUGAGGUCGAGAAGACAGUGCAGUCGGAAGCUGUCGACCCGAGUUCGCAUGAUUGGAAGGCGAGGUUAAAUAUUCCAGCACCUGAUACUCGUUUCAGAACAGAGGAUGUAACUGCAACUAAAGGAAACGAGUUUGAGGACUAUUUUCUGAAACGUGAGCUGCUGAUGGGAAUUUAUGAGAAGGGAUUUGAAAGACCAUCCCCUAUUCAGGAAGAAAGUAUCCCAAUUGCUUUAACUGGUAGUGAUAUUCUUGCUAGAGCUAAAAAUGGAACGGGGAAAACAGCUGCAUUUUGCAUUCCUGCUUUGGAGAAAAUUGAUCAAGAUAACAAUGUAAUACAAGUUGUUAUUCUUGUUCCAACUCGCGAGUUGGCUCUUCAAACAUCACAAGUCUGUAAGGAGCUAGGGAAGCAUUUGCAAAUUCAAGUUAUGGUUACAACCGGAGGUACCAGCUUAAAGGAUGAUAUCAUGCGUUUAUAUCAACCAGUUCACUUGCUUGUCGGAACUCCUGGAAGAAUUUUAGAUCUUUCAAAGAAAGGUGUUUGCAUCUUGAAAGAUUGUUCUAUGCUUGUUAUGGAUGAGGCCGAUAAGCUUUUGUCCCCGGAGUUUCAACCUUCAGUAGAGCAGCUGAUCCGCUUCUUACCUUCACAUCGACAAAUUUUAAUGUUUUCAGCUACAUUUCCUGUUACUGUCAAGGACUUCAAGGAUAGAUAUCUGCAAAAACCUUAUGUUAUCAACCUUAUGGAUGAGCUUACUCUAAAGGGUAUUACACAAUUUUACGCCUUUGUCGAGGAGAGACAGAAAGUCCACUGCCUAAACACUCUUUUCUCUAAGCUUCAAAUAAAUCAGUCAAUCAUAUUCUGUAAUUCUGUGAAUCGGGUAGAGUUGUUGGCCAAGAAAAUUACAGAACUUGGCUAUUCUUGUUUUUAUAUCCAUGCAAAGAUGCUGCAAGACCAUCGUAACAGAGUAUUUCAUGACUUCCGUAAUGGUGCAUGCAGAAAUCUUGUUUGUACUGAUCUAUUUACAAGAGGAAUAGAUAUUCAAGCAGUCAAUGUUGUCAUUAACUUUGAUUUUCCAAAGAACUCAGAGACAUAUCUUCACAGGGUUGGUCGAUCUGGAAGGUUUGGACACCUUGGUUUAGCUGUGAAUUUGAUCACCUAUGAAGACCGCUUCAACUUGUAUAGAAUUGAGCAAGAACUUGGGACUGAGAUAAAGCAAAUUCCUCCCCAUAUCGAUCAGGCAAUUUAUUGCCGGGGAAGUGGGUGGGGGCGAAUGGUGGACCUAGUUCAUGUUGACAUUCCCGUCUAUCAACUUCUCAGAGUAUCAAUUGGGAAUUCUUAA